AUGAAGGGUGAUUUGAACAGCCCACAAUUUGAUAACGGUCAGCUGAAGGGUGAUUUGAACAGCCCGCCAUCUGAUAACGGUCUGAUGAAGGGUGAUUUGAACAGCCAACCAUCUGAUAACAGUCAGAUGGGGGGUGAUUUGAACAGCCCACCAUCUGAUAACGGUGAGAUGAACGGUGAUUUGAACAGCCCACCAUCUGAUAACUGUAUGGAGGGUGAUUUGAACAGCCCAUCAUCUGAUAACGGUCAGAUGAAGGGUGAUUUGAACAGCCCACCAUCUGAUAACGGUAAGGAGGGUGAUCUGAACAGCCCACCAUCUGAUAACGGUCAGAUGAAGGGUGAUUUGAACAGCCCACCAUCUGAUAACGGUAAGGAGGGUGAUUUGAACAGCCCACCAUCUGAAAAAGGUAAGGAGGGUGAUUUGAACAGCCCACCAUCUGAUAACGGUAAGGAGGGUGAUUUGAACAGCCCACCAUCUGAUAACGGUCAGAUGAAGGGUGAUUUGAACAGCCCACCAUCUGAUAAUGGUAAGGAGGGUGAUCUGAACAGCCCACCAUCUGAUAACGGUAAGGAGGGUGAUUUGAACAGCCCACCAUCUGAUAACGGUAAGGAGGGUGAUUUGAACAGCCCACCAUCUGAUAACGGUAAGGAGGGUGAUUUGAACAGCCCACCAUCUGAUAACGGUCAGAUGAAGGGUGAUUUGAACAGCCCACCAUCUGAUAACGGUGAGAUGAAGGGUGAUUUGAACAGCCCAACAUCUGAUAACGGUAAGGAGGGUGAUUUGAACAGCCCACCAUCUGAUAACGGUCAGAUGAAGGGUGAUUUGAACAGCCCACCAUCUGAUAACGGUAAGGAGGGUGAUCUGAACAGCCCACCAUCUGAAAAUGGUAAGGAGGGUGAUUUGAACAGCCCACCAUCUGAUAACGGUAAGGAGGGUGAUCUGAACAGCCCAACAUCUGAUAACGGUCAGAUGAAGAGUGAUUUGAACAGCCCAACAUCUGAUAACGGUCAGAUGGAGGGUGAUUUUAACAGCCCAACAUCUGAUAACGGUCAGAUGAAGAGUGGUUUGAACAGCCCAACAUCUGAUAACGGUCAGAUGAAGAGUGGUUUGAACAGCCCAACAUCUAAUAACGGUCAGAUGAAGAGUGGUUUGAACAACCCUACAUCUGAUAACGGUCAGAUGGAGGGUGAUUUGAACAGCCCGCCAUCUGAUAACGGUCAGAUAAAGGGUGAUUUGAACAGCCCAACAUCUGAUAACGGUCAGAUGAAGGGUGAUUUGAACAGCCGACCAUCUGAUAACGGUCAGCUGAAGGGUGAUUUGAACAGGCCGCCAUCUGAUAACGGUUAG